GGCAUAAUCAGAGUAGUUAGAAAUCAGUUUGAUAACGUCCGAAAUUACCACGAUCACGCACGUUCAAUCAGACGCAAACAGACAAAGGAACUGAUAUUGCAGGCUCUAUAGUUUGUACAUUGACCUGAGUGCUCGCAGCCUUCCGAUAACGUCACGCGUCUUCUAGUUCUUGCCGAACCAGGUCUUGUGUCCCUAGAGGGGUCAGUUGCUGGCCGCUACUACACUAGGUUGUACCUACAAGAACCAGGCGGCACAUCAUGUACAUGGAGGCGCUCAGCGAGGUGAACAUGAGACCCUUGUAGGCGGGAAUCAUCCACUUGCCGCGGGCCUGGAGUUCGUCAGCGUCAAUCCUGCGGCAUGUCCCAAGCUGAUGCUGUCUGCGCCCGUCCAGCCAACCAGAUCCCCCUCUUUCCAGCUUAUCCACGUUUCAAGUCGCACGCACCUUCUCCCAGGUCCUCAGGCCAUCGUGCUUCUGGAAGCUGUCAGUACGAUGACUGGGGGUAUGACUGGCCGUGCCGGGCGGCGUCAAUUGGGCGCACGCCGCGUCGCGCAGCUGCAGGGAAGACGUACCCUGCCAUUGUGAAGAGUGGAGAUGUCUGCAGACGCGCCCGCGCCAAUGGGUCUCCGCCACGCUCCUUUACCUCGAAGUUGAUGCCACCGGCCUUGGACAGGCUCCUCGCCAGUCCCUCGGCCCUGAGACUGCUGCGAUCCAUCGUCACCGCCCCGGACUCACCCGCCCGAUGCUGUGCCGCAGCACAGAGACGGACAUACGCAAAGCACCAUGGCGCCGGGAAGCGCAAAUGGCAGCGGUGGAGCGAGCAGCCGGCUGUCCUCCGUGAGCGCGAACAGGCUGCCAUCAGGGAGCGCGAACAGGCUGUCAUCAGUGAGCAGGAGCAGGCGACCAUGGACCAGCAUGAGAAUGCUCUGAGGAAGCGCGCCGAGACCGCCCCCAAGGUCGCGUCACGACGCAUAAAACCCGAGGCCGGAUUCGACUUUCUCAACGAUAUUCUGGGCGACGAAGAGGCAGCUCUGGAGGAUGAUUACUCUGUCGAGGAUCCAGACAAAGAGUGGGCCGCCAGACUCGCCCACCGCGACCGCCUCGAUGGGCUGGACGGCAUUUUGGCCGUCUGGCAGGCCCGCCGCCGAGAAGGGUACUCGCUCCCAACCGAGAACAGUGCCAAUGCCCAGUUCCUCUGGAAGACGUUCGCACGACACCCGCGCCUUGUGCACGACGUCAUCGACCACGCAGUCGAGCUGCAGCAGAGGGGUGCCACGUACCCACGCGUGUACAGCGUGAUCAUGGGCUACUGGUUGGGACGCCAGCCAAUUGAGGCGCUAGAGUACCAUGACCAAAUGCUGGAGAAACUGCACCUGGAGAAGCUGCCACUACGCGAGCUGGCGCAAUCCGCCCAGACCUACGGCAACGCGUCGCACGAAGCGCUGUUGGACAUCUACCGCGACAGCAAUGAGCGCGAUCUGUAUGAUAGUAUCGUGCCGCGCCUCGUCAACAGUGGGAACAUCGAGAUGGCCUAUCGAUGGCAUACCCUCUGCAGUUCUCGCGAUGACCUCCCAUCUGAGACCUUCGCGGCCAUACCCAUCAUCCAGCUCUUCACCGCGAAAGCUGCCCCCGUGGAUCCGAAAAUGCGCAAGCGCGAGGAUCCCAAUAUCAACAAACCUCUCAUGAAACGGCUGAUUGGGCGCGACUCUGCACCUGUGCGCUUCGAGGAUGCCUUCACGGCGCGCAUGUUCGCCACCAGGACCGUGCAGAUUGACUCCAUAAUCAAGGGACUAACCCUGGUGGGCGUGAACGAGAUAGGUCCACAGGCAGUUCUGGCCAUGGCCAGUCGGACACAACCCAUCACCGACCUUCCUCGCCAUUUUGAAGGCCUGCGGGCUGCGGGCAUUGCACUGCAGGGCUCUGUCUUCUCUCUCGCGCUGGAGAAGUUUGCCAUGGACGGGAAGUGGGAUCUCGUGGAAAGCAUUAUGGAGAGCGACCAGCAUCUAGAUGUCUACGGCGACGCAGACACGCAGCGCGCUCUCCUGGCUUACUACCUCGACCAGAAAGACGCCAUGCAGGCCCAGCGAACCCUCGCCAUCCUCUCGCUGUUCCACAACGACCCCGGCCGCGAGUCCUGGAACCUGCUGCUGCAGCUGCGCCUCGCAAGCACCCGGCCCCAGCCCCAGGACAUCUUCAGCACCCUACUCGAGAUGCGGAGCAUCGGUGCCACGCUGUCGAGCGCAUCCAUUGCCUCCGUCCGCCUCCUGCUGGCCCGCCGCCAGCGCGGCCAUCGCCCCCAACCCUCCGCCCACCCCUUCGACGACCUCCGCUUCGUCACCCGCUUCUACGUCACCGCCCUCGAGGCCGGCAUGACCCGCAUCCCGCCCGAAGCCUGGCACGAAAUCAUCCGCCGCUUGGGCAUGCUGGGGCGGCUGCGCGAACUCAAGCGUCUCCUCCUCUGGCUCCUGUCCUGGUACGCGCCGCUGAGCCCCGAAUUCGCCGCGCUCCCGCGCUCCGCCGCCCUCGCCCCCGCCACCGCCGCCAUGCGCCGCCUCUACCCCGUCAACACGCACUACUACAACUUCCCGACCACCGUCCCGCAGCAAAACUCCAAGGCCCACCCCAUCCGCGUCCUCUUCCCGCCCUCCCUCCAACAAGGCCUCGUCGUCUGGGGCUUCCGCACCCUCCUCCCCGAAGCGCCCCUCGAGCAAUCCCUCCUGCGCCCGCCCGCCGCAAAACCGCACCACCGCCCCAGUCUCCUGCAGAAAAACAUCCUCACCCGCCUGCGCUGGGACGUCGGCCUCAGGAUCCUCGUGCAGCUGCGCGACCUGGGCGUGCACGUGCACCCGCACACCGUCGCCAAGGCGCUGCAAGCCCAGUUCGUAAGCCUCUUUGGAUACGGGCGGUCCCGCGUCAAGGCGAACCGCCGGCUGGAGCAGGGGAAUGAGAUCGAGUACGCGGAGUUCGUGCGCGGCGUCAACGAGGCGUGGGGCCAGCGGCUGUUUACGGAGCCGCGGGAGUUGGCGCGCGGCGUGGGGCGGGAGGCCAGGUGGCAUCCGCGGUUCCGGAGGCGGAUUGGGGGCGAGGUGAGUGUUGGGCGGGGCACGGCGGGUGGUAGGACGGGCGUUGAGAAGUCGGAGAAGCGCGACUCUGCUGGCACGCACGGUAAACGCGGAAGUCAUGGUGUUGACCGGACCCGACUCGAUGACAAAUCCAUCCGCCUCCGUCUCGCAGCACUGGAAUACGUACUUUCGUGGUUGUAAAUUGAAGCCUCGCAAUAAGGCUGGAGGGGUCGCUAUUGCCUACAUGCUCAAAACACAUGUGCACUAGCCUAAUGUGGAAAGGCUACGUGCGUGUUUCUGUUCACAUCCACUCAUUUUGAGACACACGUUGACGGGCUCGCUCGAUAAGAGCUGCUGGUUGCAAGGAUGAGACGAGGCACGUUUGUGAGGGAUUGCGAUACAUGUCGACCGGUAGGAGCGAUGCGCCGGUUGCGUGUGCUGCUUGAUCGGGGUGGCCGAAUGGAGUGGUGGAACGCAAUUGUUCUGAUGCUUUGUAGCUGGACGUGUUGCUGAGCACUGUGUAGUCGAAAUGUGAGGUAGUCUUUGAAGCGCCCCAGUUGUUAGCAAUCUAUAU